UUUGUUUAUAGAAAAAAAAACUAUUAUAAAUACUGCCAAUUUAAAAUAAAUAUUGAAUGGGGGAAAAUGCCCCUUUGUCAACAAACAGACCAAAAUUAAUCAGUCAUCCAAAACCUGGUGCCAUACAGCUGAUUCGUCUUGUUUAUAAAUGGUUGGCAUAAUGAUUUAGACUGUUGUGCUGGCAGUUCGUAAAAGGCAAAAAAAAAUUGUGAAAGACCUCAAUGUUUACACAAGCUGCUUUUAGGAACGAUUUGUACACAAACAAAUGUUUACAUUCAGACGGAGUGAAAUUACUCGUUUAUGGACGAGCCACUGAACUCUGACGGAAACCCAUACACCUGAACAUGAAACAGGACUAGUUCACCGGACUGACGUGAAAACUUUUUACUGUGGGGAUUUUUAUAAUUCAAGAAGUUGCCAUCUUGGAGAAGGACGCCAAUAAUACAUUUUUUAAUUGCUUUUUGGCUUUUGUAAAUGAAGGCUCUAAAACUUUGUCACAGAACAAUGAAACCUUCAGAGAAGAUGCUUUCCUUUUGCACCACCCUCCUGCUUUUCUACUGCCUCCCUGUUUCCACGUUAACCAUCACUAUGGAGCGGAAAGCUGUCGAUGGCGAAGCCAGGACGCUCGACGGUGGCAGAAACUCUGUGGCCUCUGAUAAAACGAGUGCCACCUUGUUCCUCCUGACAGGCUAUAAGCGGCCCGGUGCCAGCAGAUCCGUAGUUGCACCCAAAGCAGUUGAGUUGGAGGAUGGGGACGAUCCACCAGCAGUGGCUGAACUCCCCCCAAAACCUCUCCCGCAGACCAUGUUGACGAGGAACAUGACGGAAGACGGACUGAGGCCUCCGUACAGCCCAGCCCAGGUGGCUCCACCUCCAAGACAACUGGUCAAUGUGGAUGUUUGCAGGGGUUACUUUGACGUCAUGGGGCACUUUGACAAUACGUUCAACUGUUCCAAGGGCAGUUACAUUUAUUGCUGCGGUACCUGUCACUACCGGUUUUGCUGCGAGCAUCAGGGACAGCGGCUGGACCAGGACACAUGUAACAACUACAUUUCCCCAGUCUGGGCCGACCCACAGGUCCCUGUCACUGUGCCACCAAGCAACAAGCUUGACCCAGGGUUUGAGACCCUGCAGCAGCAGAGCAGCAGUACGGCGUAUGUGAUCGGAGGAGUGAUUUCCUUCACAUUGGUGGUGGCCGUCGGCGUCAGGAUCGCCUUCAGCAAGGUGGCACGUCGACCCCGCAACAGAGAAAUCAACAUGCCGAGGUCACUGGUGGACAUCUUGCGUCAUCAGUCGAGCCCCAUGCAGCAAGGCGAGAGGAACAACGUUGCAGUGUUGACCACCUCCGACGGACGCACAUCCAAAAGCCUCUACACGCCCAUCCUGCAGAUGAAAGACAACCGCACUGGGACUUUGCACCACCCAUUUAACCAGCAGGGGUCUGCUUCCAGCCCCAAACACUCUGCUACCAUCGAGCGUGGGACUCGUAUGAACAACACAGCCCAGCUAUCAUCCGGUCCCACCUUGAUUUCAGGUAGUGGUAAAGGUGUUGGAGGGGUCAGCGUCGGAGGAGGCGGCAUCAUGGGAGGGAGCACGAGAUACAACAGCAACCACCCGUCUUUCUCCCACUCCUUCCACAACCUGGCCCAACUGCCACCAUCCUACGAGACGGUCAUGAAACCAGAACUCAACCGCUACAGCUCCCUGAAGAAGCUGGAGAAAGAACUUGAUGAGUACUCCGGCUACUACACCUCCAAACGCCGCUCCAACAACGCUCCACCUUCGUUCUAUUCCUCGCAGCACCACCUCCCCUGGGGAGGCGACUACACGCUGGGAUCCAGGGGGACUCUGCCUCUGCAUGGGUCCCGACCGCACCUCCACAUGCCCCCGUCCACCCCAAACCCUUACCCUCUGCCCUCCCAGACGCCAUACACCAACUCCACCUUCGACAGGCCGCCGCGACGAGUCCGCUCCCAAGACCAGCUGCUGGCUUUCGGGGAGGGCAACACCCUGUCCCGCCUGUCCAAGAACCAGCAGCACCAGUACUACAAAGUCAUGAUGAGCACCAGCAGGGGCCCCACAUCGCAGACACUCCGCAGGUCCCACGAGCGGCUCCUGGUCUCUCCUGAUCGUCUGGAGGACCGGCUGAUGACGAUGGGUCUGCCUGUGGGAGUAGCCGAAAGAGGUGCAGGAAGUGGGAUGUUUCCCACCAUGGGCCAGCUCAGUCACCACCAGAAGGCCCAGUCACAGCAGAACAUCUGCGCCACGCCAUCCAUGGACCGUCACCACAUGAUCAAGAUGAACUCCCACCCAACGUCGGGCCACGACCACGAGCGCAGCUCCGCUGUCAUGCCCGGGAUGGGGAUGCACAGCGGCUGGGACCCCCACGGGGGCCACGGCGGAGGGGGAGUGGGCACCAUCGGAGGCCACCCCAACGCCCGGCGAAUGGCUUUUGCCAGCAAACGGCAGAACACCAUCGAACAGCUGCAUUUCAUCCCUGGAGGAGGAGGAGGGCAGGGACUGCGGACUGGGAGUAAGAAUGAGGUGACGGUGUGAGAGGAUGAUGAAGAGACCGGUAAGGGUAAAUAAGAUGACAGGAUUAGUUGGUGAAUAAAGUGGAGAUGACGAGGAAAAUGCAAAGAAACGAGGAAGAGUUUUAUCUGGCUGUCCCUUCUUUAAAAAAAAAAA